AUACGUGUUGUAAUUCUUUCUCUGGCAGAAAAUAGUGUCGUUCAUACUCUGUUCGUUCCUUACAAAGUUUACUAUUCCUGCACCAGUGACGUCAGAGGAAUUGUGAUCAGCGUGCAUAACAGUGUUUGUGUUUCCAUCUUGCAACCCAAAACCGAAUCGUGAGUACAUAAGGAUUCGACUGUUGAAAGUACAUUUUUGAAACUAUGGAUGAUUCUGAUGAUAAUUUAAUUGAUCAACAAAUAUCAUCUCGUGUCCGAGGUGAUGAUGAUGACAGGUGCAUGUUUUGCCGAUUAUCCGACAGAGUACGCUCUUGGCAUGAUUCAGGCCGAGGAUUGUGUGUGUCCGAGGUUGAUCAGCGGGAUUGUCAACACAGGACAUCAGAGGCCACAGGAUUUAUCCCAGAGUCAGUACAACAUAUCAGCGACUUUCCUCCGAGCGUCAUCGACAGAACUGAACCCACCCUAACCAGAUGUACCAGGCAGAUCUGGGGUUUCUUAGAGGAUUAUAGGAAACUCUUUAACGUUGCCAUAACGACCCCGUGUAUAUGUAUUGUGUACGGUUUCGUUUUUCUAGUCCUCACCGCUUUUCUUCUGCAUACGUUUGAGGGAGGGUUACUCGUCUUGCUGUUGGUAGGCCUGAUGACAAUCCUAUCACUUGCACUUCCGGUCUACUGCUGGAGGAGUGGACUUCUGUAUAGACUCGAGUCGGGGACGAGACGAAGACAGAGGUUAGAGAGUCCUACCCGGAUUGAGAUGCCUGUAGAGAAGCCUCCACUGUAUGAAACACUUGUGUUCACAACUCCUGAAUCUGUGAUGGCCUCCUUGCCCCCGCCAUCAUAUGAAGUAGCGAUUCAAGCAGCUGAAGUACAGCAGGUUCUGCUUCCUCAAUGCAAUAGCAUUGAUGCCAACAUAGCGGCGCCAUUGUGUCCAGUACAUCAACAGUCAAGCACCAGUCUCCAACAGUGUCAGGGCACGAGGACGCAAAGGAGCGGGAGCUCAGGGAAUAUCCAUGACGACCUGAGGAGUGAAUUUCUCGUCUAGACACGUUUUCGAGUCGUUUAAUUCGUGGUAAAACCAUCCGAAUCAUACGAUAACUUUUGCAAUACAAACAAAAUUUGAAGUGUAAAAAUAUAUACAAAAUAUUUUCCAUAACCACAGAGGAUGUUCAUUUAUAAGAGUGUAUAAAAAUAAUUCUACGUAAUAUCCGUCCAUUGAGAAAUUUUCU